AUGUCCAAGUACAAACUUAUCAUAUUAAGACAUGGAGAGGGUUCUUGGAAUAAAGAAAACCGAUUUUACAGCUGGGUAGAUCAGAAACUUAACAGUGACGGCUUGGAGGAAGCUCAGAACUGUGGCAAACAGCUCAAAGCCCUAAAUUUUGAGUUUGAUCUUGUCUUCACUUCUGUCCCUAACCGGUUCAUCCACACAGCCUGGCUUAUACUGGAAGAGCUAGGGCAGGAGUGGAUGCCUGUGGAAAGCUCCUGGCAUCUGAAUGAGCAUCUCUAUGGAGCCUCGAUUGGUCUCAACUGGGAGACAAUGGCUUUGAAUCAUGAUGAAGAGCAAGUGAGAAUCUGGAGAAGGAGCUACAAUGUGACCCUGCCUCCCACUGGGGAGUCUCAUCCCUACUGCCAUGAAAUCAGUGACAGCAGGUAUAAAGUGUGUGGUGUGACCUUAGAUCAGCUGCUACGCUCAGAAAUCUUAAAGGAAGUUCUGGAAAGACUCCUUCCCUACUGGAAUGAAAGGAUUGCUCCUGAAGUGCUGAAGGGGAAAAUUGUUGUGAUAUCUGCCCAUGGGAAUAGCAGCAGAGCCCUCCUGAAACGUCUGGAAGGUAUCUCCAAUGAAGACAUCAUCAACAUCACUCUUCCCACUGGAGUCCCGAUUCUGCUGGAGUUGGAUGAGAACCUGCAUGCCCUUGGGCCUCACCAGUUCCUGGGUGACCAGGAGGCCAUCCGAGUGGCCAUCAAGAAAGUGGAGGAUCAAGGAAAAGUGAAACAAGUCAAAAAAUAA